GAUAACCUCAAAGGGUGACAGGUGACAGGUGCUAGGAAGUGGUUACAGAUUGAUGUUGAUUAAAAAUUUGCGGGGGUCAAACAUGUGAUUUAAAAAUUACAAAAUAAUUGUUUUUGACGAAUUUGCGUACUUCCUUGUGAUAAUUGUGAUUAUUUUGGUGAAAUUGUGACGAUGAUGUAACUCUAGUCACCGGUCACGUGAUAAGAAAUGACUUCAGAUUGCCAAAACUGCGAUUAUGUAAAAAAAUAGACAAAUAGUUAUUUCACAAUUCCAUUGACGUUUCUUUAUAUUUUGAUAAUUUCGGAAUGUUUUAUGUGGUUAUUUUUGUUCCCCAUGACGUAACUGUGGCCACUUCCGUUUUCAAAUCAAAUGUUUGUAUUGGACAUUUGAACUACUCGUGUUAUUAUUUAUUGUUAGUGUUGGAAAAACCCCCAAGAAUCGAUGAAAACGAAUAAUUUAGAUGUCUAAAAUUACCGCAGUUUUAAUUGUGCAAUGUUGCCGCCCUGAAACAAAACCCUAUCGGCCGUUUUUCGGAAAAAAAUGACGUUUACGUUAAAAAUUGUGUAGCAUUAGAAUUUGGUGAAAAAUUCAUCUCAUGAGACAAUAUGAAUACUACAACUUUGCGGGGCGUAUUCCCCGAACCAAACGCAACUUUGUCCGUGAAAACAUCAAGCAGUUGAAGGAGAUCCAGGGGUUCAUCAAGGAAUCGAAAAUUCCGUCUCAAUCACAGGAAAUCAAGCCAAAUAAAUUCAAACACGUGGCCCCCAAAGUCUACUCGAACAUAACAGCGAGGAAACGACUGUCCAAGGAUCAGGUGGCGGCGCGGCCCCACUCCUUCAAUGAGGUGACACGGCCCCCUCGGGCGCUCUUCUUUGGGAAGAAAUUCAGCCCGGAGAAAACCACAACGAGGGGGGUACAGACCGAACGGCCUGAGGAUGUGACCAAAAUGUACGAAACGGGCCCAUUGAAGUAUCCUAGUCCGGCAGUGGCGAAAGUGAAAUUGUCGCACAGGGGGCGCGACCAAGGAGACGCCCCCUUGGCCCAAAGCAUGCAAAAACUAGACUUAGAAGACAAGCAAAAUUAUAUCAAACAAAAUAUCAAAAAUAUUAAGGUGAAUAAGCAGAAACGGGAGGAGUCUCCAGACCCGACCAAAGCCCCCCCCGAGUACCAGAAAGGUGUGCUCCCCCGAUACCUAAAAGAGAAGAAAGUGACCAAAGAUGAGAAAUCUGGGGUUUUUGAGGAGAAUAUUUCCGGUUUGGUUUUAUUGCCUGACGAUGAGAGACGAGAAUAUUUAAGGGUGGCUCGUGAAAAUUACGCCGCCUUGAUUAAGGAAUUGAACUCGAUGCCUGUCAGUAAUGACACCCUAAAGAAACGAAAACGCAAAAUGGAAAUCGAAGACGAAUUGAAACGUAUCGACGAGGUGAUAAAGAUUUUCCAAAAACCGAAAGUGUUUGUUAAAGCCGAUGCGUGAUUGUUUAUUUGAUUAUAUGUACAAAAUUCUCUUGAAUAAAUUCGAUUUGGUUUAGUCUAAA